GGGUUUCUCCGCCGUUUCUAGGGUUUUCUCAUCGUUUGUCCUCUCCCUCGGCGGCACCAGAAUCAGGAGGCCAAAAUGCCGUCGCACAAGACCUUCAGGAUCAAGAAGAAACUGGCGAAGAAGAUGAGGCAGAACCGACCGAUUCCUCACUGGAUCCGUCUCCGUACUGACAACACCAUCAGGUACAACGCGAAACGCAGGCACUGGCGCCGUACAAAGCUCGGAUUCUGAGCAUCAUCAGGUUCUUUGUUAGAUUUUUCGUUUAAGUUACUGGCUUCGUUCGUCCGGCGAAGAGUUAUCAGAGAGACAGAUUUGCAAAUUUUCGAUGUAAUUUUUGGAUUAUCUGAAAAAUGUUGGCUUCGUUCUUCGGUUUUCUCGAUUCCUUAAAUUGCGUUGUUAAUAUCUUCUUCCUACGUCGUGAUCUGGAGGAUUUCAUCGCGUUUUGAGAUACGAAACUUUCAUAUGACUCGUUUA